GCUAAACAAGCAGGAAAAACAAGAGCUUUUCAGUUUCCACCCCUAGUCACGUACGUCGGCGACGCGUCCUGCGCCCGCCCAGCGUCGAUCUCUGGUAGAAAAUAGUGAAGGAAAUGGGUCGGUUUGGGGUGGAAUUGCUACUCAUAAUCUUCGCCAGCCUGACAGUUCUCGGCUUCUUGCUGACGUGAGUAGCUAUGUCAAGUAGCUAUGUACCUUCGAAAACUAGCUAGUUUCCCAGGCGAGUGUAUAGUUUACACACCGCUCUUUUCUCUUUGCCGUGCACCUGUGCGGGUAUUGCUUUCAGUGCUCAAUCACGUGACUCUACUGGCUACAUCAGUGAUACUGGCGGAAAACCACCUGAAAGCUGUGUGUUUUCUUUCAUCUGCAACACUGCCGUCCUUUUUCAACUCCUAAUAGUAUACUUGCGCUACAAGUCGGUCCAUACAUUCUACGCCACGCAAGUCUCCACGUUUUGUCUGCCGUUGAAAGUCUUCAAUUUCAUUGGGUUAAUCGUCGGACUGGCAACUUCAUUCGGGUUUCUGCUUGUGGCAAACUUUCAGGAUGACUAUGUGCCAGCGGUUCAUCUCCUCGGAGCGUUUGUAGUGUUCUCAGCCGGACUGGUCUACCAGUGGGUCCACACUUACAUCACGUACCGAGUGUACCGCUCCGGAGUGGCCGGGCAUGUCGGGGUCGGCUGGGUCGUUGCCCAGGCGAUUAUCAGUCUUCUAUCACUCGUCUUCUUUGUUGGAGCUACUCUGUUUGCGGGUCUGGCUAGUAGUAGUCGUCGUCGUCAUAUCGGCCACGGAACAUUUCAUUGGUCAACUCGUGAUGGGGGUUUCGCAUAUCACGUCCUCAGCUCAGCGUGUGAAUGGGCGAUGAGUACGACAUUUCUGGUAUACUUCCUCACCUUUCACCCCGAUUUCAAACAAAUGAAGAUCGACAUUGUCGUUCGUCGCAGAUCAUCGGGAAGUCACCACGGCUACGACAGUAUCGUCAAUAGCGAAAACACGCCUCUUACUCAUUGACUAUGUUUCAAGUGUAUAUGUGUGCAUUUUGAUGCUGGAUUUUUCACUGUAUAUGUAAGUGUGAAAAUGGUGUAAUUAAAAUGUCUUUUGCUAAAAUCUGUAUCUUUAUUGGU